AUGGAAGUUGGUUAUGUCAAGUGUUUGGUGAUAUGUUUGAUGUGUUGCAGUAGUAUCAAUUUAAUCCAAGGUGCCAUCCAUCAAACGUUAACACAAUGUUGCGAUAUGGGUAAAAACUACGCGAAUAAUGACGUUUCCUGUUCGAGUAUCCAACCACCAUUUGAUGGUAUCCCAGAAAAAGACGAAUCUAGCUGUUUGAAUACUUUGGUCAUCUGUUGUAAAACCCAGGAGAAAGAAAAUGAGUGUAGGCUGGGUAUAAACGACGCAGAGACUGGCACGUGUAAUGCCCAAACCGGAAGUGAACGAAAAAGUUGUUGUGAUGCCUGUAAUAUUGGUAAGAUAUCCGCAGUAUCAAAUACAUGCGAGAGUUCCUUCAAUCUGGGUUCCUAUGAUAAGCACUUCAAGGCUUGCUGUCAAAAAAUGUUACCAAAGACCACCACGGAUAACACCCCGAAUAAUGAACAGUCUUUGGGUAACCUCUGCGAGAUUGAAGACCUAUGUGCCCAGAUUUGUAUUCCUACAGGAGAGUCUUACAAAUGUGAUUGUAACCCUGGGACCAAAAACAUCUCCCAAAAGAAAUCAAAGUGUGAUACCAACAACCCUUGUGCCCAUAACUGUGUAGACUCCGGUAUCGCCAUCUAUUGUACCUGUUACGAUGGUUAUGAACUCCAACCAGACAAAAGAAGCUGCAAAGACAUCAACGAAUGUGAAUUGGAACACGACUGUCACGGUAAUGAAACCUGCGUAAACCAAGACGGAUACUACGAGUGUGUUGAAGAAGGAGGUGAUGAUGAAGACUAUGAAGCUGUUGAAUGUAAACCAGGGUUUCGCUACAACUGGGAAAACAAAGCCUGUGAAGAUAUCAAUGAAUGUCUACUUCCUUUGAUAUGUCUAUCCACACAAAAGUGUAUUAAUACAGAAGGGUCUUAUAAUUGUACAGGUGGGGAGCUGGUAUGCCCAAAAGGGUACUUCUUCAAAGCCAGUACCCAGGAUUGUGCAGAUGUGGAUGAAUGUGUCACAGGUGAAAAUGAAUGUAAUAGAGAAUCACAGGUUUGUUUGAAUAACAAGGGAGGUUAUACUUGUGUGGAUAAAGCAUCGAAGAAGACAUGCCCACCUGGGUUCAUGAUGAAUACCAUGAUGCAGAUCUGCAUGGAUAUUGAUGAAUGCGCACAGGAUAUUCCUCUGUGCGCGGAGAAUGAGUUGUGUGUCAAUGAGGAAGGUGGGCAUAAUUGCGUGCCUAUGGGGAGUGGGAAAGGGGUUCCAGGGAGUACCAUUGGGACUACUCCUAGUACCACUACUUCUACCACACCUAAAACUAAACCUACUACUAAAGUUACUACUGUGAGGACCACAGUUAAGACUACUCCUAAAAUGACUACCCCCACCACUACUACUACUACUACUACUACUACCACCACAACUCCUAAACCCACUAAACCCACAACAAUAAGAACAUCCCCUGUGUUCAUCUCCAGAACAAAACCUACCACCAGACAACCUCCUUUGAACCUCCCCCAUGGUCCAAAUAGAUUCCCCCCACCUAUCACCUGCAACCGAGGAUAUUCCUACUCGGAUGUCACAGAACAAUGUGAGGAUAUAGAUGAAUGCGCAACAGGGAACAACCACUGUGACCAUUAUCAAGUCUGUCAUAACACUCUAGGUGGAUACAUAUGUAACUGUAAAAUUGGUUUCAAAAGAGAUUCUAUCACAGGAGCUUGUCAGGAUAUCAACGAAUGCCAAACAAACCGGAAUGAUUGCUCAGAGGGUCAACGUUGUGACAACACAGUUGGGUCUUACCUCUGCUCCCGAAUGGCUAAUUGUGGUACAGGUUAUACACUCAACUACGAAACAGGUGUUUGUGAGGAUAAUGAUGAAUGUGCUCUGGGGACACAUAACUGUGACCUUGGAGGGAGGAAUUUAAUAUGUAGGAACACACAUGGGUCUUUUAGAUGUGAUAGACCUCCACCUCCGACUACACCAGCUCCACCUACACAACCUCCAUUGAGGUAUCCAACAAGACCACAGUAUCCUUCUGUUUAUAAUAUACCUGUGACCCAACCUACUAAACCUUACUCCUAUGCAACAAUAAAACCUCCUCAGAAGUACCCUCAGAUACCUGCAUACCCUUACAUACCUGCUUAUCCCUCAUACCCUAAUUAUACCAUAAUCAGCUCCCAGAGUAAAAAAUGUCUUCCUGGGUACUACAUGGAUGCAGCAGGUGCCUGUCAGGAUGUAGACGAAUGUCAAAGCAACCCAUGUCCAAGGUCCCACUACUGUUACAAUUACAAUGGGCGUUAUGAAUGUAAACCCAAAUUAGUAUGCACACCAGGAUUUGAAUUGAAUUCAUCUGGUGAAGAGUGUAUUGAUGUCAAUGAGUGUAUACGUGGUAAUCACACUUGUUCACCUUCGGAGAUUUGUAAGAAUUACAAUGGGUACUACCGCUGUGAAUGCCCAGUUGGACACAGCAAAGAAGGCAAGAGAUGUGUGGAUAUUGACGAGUGUAAAUACUACAAAGGGAGGAUAUGCUCAUAUGGUGCUGAUUGCGUCAACACCAUUGGGUCUUUUCAGUGUCAAUGCAAAGAAGGAUUCCAGAAGGUUAAUAACACAUGCGUUGAUGUUGAUGAAUGUAAAGAAGUUGGAAGAUGUGGAUCAAAGUGUUACAAUACUCUGGGGAGCUAUAAAUGUUACUGUGAGAAAGGGUAUACUUUGAAUUCAGACAACAGGACCUGUUCUGAUGUGGAUGAAUGCUCACUCUUCUCCAAUCAAGUUCAUUGCGUGGGAACUUGUAUAAACUCACCAGGAAGUUAUCAUUGUGGUUGUCCAACUGGGUAUAGACUUGGUACAGAUGGGCACACAUGCCAAGAUAAUGAUGAAUGUAAACUGGAUGAUCCUUGUAAAGGUCCAGAUGAGUACUGCUUCAACACCAGAGGUGGUUAUGAGUGUGCUUCGAUUGCUUGUCCGAAGUAUUACAAACGUGACCAACACCAAAAGAGUCGUUGUAAGAUAGAUACAGACUUGUGUCGAUACAAUGAAUGCUCGCAGCACUUACCAGAUCAAAUCAGUUAUCAUUUCUUCAAUAUUGUUUCGAAUUAUACAAUUUUGGAUGAACCUGUGAAGUUGUUCAAGAUGCGAGGUCCACAGAGUCCACAUUCUCGUGUGGCGUUUAAAUUGGAUGUACAAACAGCACGUUUUCCUCUCUUUGUGAGACCUGCGAAUGAAAAUGACUUUCUGUUGGAUAGACAGCAUAAUAGUGUGACUAUAUCAAUAAAAACAUCGAUUGAAGGCCCGCAGCAGGUCGAGUUGACCCUACAGAUGCAGAUUUUCAACCAUAACGUGCUCACCAACACGGUCAUCUCGAAAAUCAUACUUUAUGUAUCACAAUAUAAGUUUUAAGCGUUAUAAAUUUAAGUUUAGAGGUGAUGGUGACAUAAUUUUUGAAUAAAACUUAAAGAAACAA